ACUCUUGGAGCAUACAGGUUCACACACACAGAGAGCCUGUGCAGCCAGACGCCUGCUGCAAUGAGGACAACACCAUGGGCGAUGGCUCUGGCCAUACUUCAUGUCACACUGUGUUCCAGUCAACCAGAAAGUAACUUCUUGAUGUACGACAAGAAUGUAAAUAAAUGCCUAAAAGGCUAUCAGCCUCUGAAGCUGUUCUACUGCGAUUCCAACCAACUCAGUCAGAAGUUCCGCUGGACAUCCAACGACCGCAUCCUCAAUGUUCAUAUGAGCAAAUGUCUGGGAGCUGGGAGCAAAGCGGACGGCUCAGGGCUGCAGUGGUACAUCUGUGAUGAAACAAGUGAACUCCAAAAGUGGGUGUGCAAGAAUGACACACUAUUAAAUCUGAAGGGGACAAAUCUUUUCUUGUCUCAGGAUGAAAACACAAUUCUGAAACUCACCCAAGACAUUGGCGCUGCUAGUCAGUGGUUAAUACAUGGCACUACAGAGGGCCUUUGCUCACAGCCAUACCAAGAACUGUACACAAUUGGGGGAACUGCCUAUGGUAGUCCAUGCCAUUUUCCGUUCAAGUACCAGGGAAAAUGGUACUCAGACUGUACCCCAGGGGAUACAUCAGAACUUAUUUGUGUGACUGACAGAGACUACCCAAAUAAGUGGGGCUUCUGCCCCACUAAAUCAACUAAGGACUGGAAGAAAAAUCCAGUGACUGGCGUCUUUUACCAGGUCAACGAAAACUCUGCCCUCACUUGGCACCAAGCCAGAAGGAGCUGCCAGCAGCAGGACUCAGACCUGCUGAGUAUAACUGAGCCCCAGGAGCAAACCUACAUAUCAGGUAUCACAAGUGGAAUUCAAACCAUUUUUUGGAUUGGGCUAAACCAACUGGACACGGAGAGUGGCUGGCAAUUGACAGAUGGAUCUCCAUUUCGUUACCUGAGAUGGGAUGUUGGCCAGCCAAGCCGUGAACAGGGAUGGUCUUGUGCUGCCUUGAAUACCAUAGGAACUAAUUCCUGGGAAAAUAGGUUGUGUUCAAAAAAACAUGCAUACAUUUGUGAGAAAAGUACCACAAUUCCUGCUGUUACUCCAGGGCCCCCUGUCUCUUGCAGUGCUCCAUGGAUUCCAUAUGCAGGUCACUGCUAUUUUCUGAAUCGCACAAAGAACACAUGGAAGGAUUCUAACACUCAGUGUUUGAAUGCUGGUGGACAUUUACUGAGCAUUCAUGAUAUAGAGGAGCAAAGCUUUGUGCGCUCGCAGCUUGGAUACAUGGAGACAGAUAAGCUGUGGAUCGGUCUGAAUGACCAAAAGACACAGCUGCUGUUUGAGUGGAGCGAUCAGUCUGCCGUCACAUUCACCACAUGGGACACCGAGGAGCCAUCUCACCACCGCUCUAUAGAGGAGGACUGCGUCCUGAUGGGAGGCAAAGAUGCAAAGUGGGCAGAUGCCAAUUGUGGAGAAAAUAAUGGAUUCAUUUGUAAAAGAGCUGGAGACUCCCAAUCUUCCUCUGGAUCUGAGGCUGGGAACACUGGCUGCAAAGCUGGAUGGGUCAGAUAUGGCUACAACUGCUACUUUGUUGGAUCAACAACAAAGACAUUUGAAGAGGCAAAGAAGAGUUGCCAAGACAGUGGAGCUCACCUGGUUGAUAUACCAAACAGAGUAGAGAAUGCCUUUCUCAUCAGCCUGGUGGGAGCCAGACCAGAGAAGCACUUCUGGAUUGGGUUGUCUAACCAAAGAGACCGUUACACGUUUGAAUGGUCCAACUCACAGGAUGUCCCUUACACUCACUGGAAUACACGUAUGCCAGGCCAAAAGCAGGGUUGUGUGGCCAUGACGACUGGGACUUUGGCUGGACUGUGGGAUGUGCUGAGCUGCUCCAGCAAGGAGAAGUACAUCUGCAAGCACCAGGCCGAGGGAGUGGUGACCACCCCGGCCCCACCUACCUCACCCGCUCCCAGCUGUGCAGAGGGAUGGAAACCCCUGGGAGUCAGACACUUCUGUUACAAGUUGUAUUCUGUAGAGAGGACUUGGUUUGAAGCUUUGGCGUUCUGCAGAUCUAUUGGUGGGGAUUUGAUAAGUAUUCACAGUCAAUUGGACGAACCCGAACGUAGAUAUGAAGAUUACAGACAAAGGGAUGCAUGGAUUGGCUACAGUGCUCCAGAUCCUAAUGCUGGUUACACAUGGUCUGAUGGGUCUUCGUCCUCUUUCACAAACUGGCAGGAAGGAGAGCCAAAUAAUGUCAACAAUAUGGAGAACUGUGCUGGAAUUUAUUUUCGAUCAAAGAAGUGGAAUGAUUUUCCUUGUGAAACGAAAAGACAAUUAUUUUGUGAGAUACGAAAAGGGAUGACCCCUUUGGAAUCCAAUGUUACCGUUCCACGUUAUAAUGUCACAAAAGAUGGAUGGAUAGAAUUCAAUGAUCAUCAGUAUUAUAUUGAAAAGCGACAAACCGAACAAAUGGAGGACGCUCAAAAGAUUUGCAAAAGAGGACAUGGGGACCUUGCGGUCAUCGAUAGUGAGGCAGAAAGGGUGUUUCUGUGGCAACAGAUUCAAAAGGCACAUGUUGAGAAGUUUUACAUUGGAUUGAAGAUAGACUUGGAUCAAAACACAGAGUGGAUGGAUGGGACUGCAGUGGGAUUUCAAAGAUGGAAUGAAGACCAACCAAACUUUGUGUCCAAUGACGAGACCUGUGUGAAAAUGGGUCAGUCCUUUGGUCUCUGGUCUGUCACCAACUGUGGUCAAGCUUUGGGAUUCAUUUGUGAGCGUCAUGAAACUCCUCCUGUAAAUGCGACUCUGGCGGCUCCUACUGAGGCCCCUAAAGGAGGCUGUGCCCCUGACUGGACAAAGUACAGAGAAUAUUGCUACAAGGCUCAGUCUGAAAAGAAAAGCUGGACAGAAGCAAGGUCAUACUGCAAAGUAGUGGGUGGAAAUCUGGUAUCAAUUACAAGGAGAGAUGAACAAGCAUUUCUGACAACCAUGGUGGCAGAUGCACCACAUGAUUUGUGGAUUGGCCUGCACACCCUUUCAAACCACUGGAGACCUCUGUGGACUGAAGGAAAGAAGCUCAGUUAUGAAAACUUUCUCAACGGCUAUGCAAGCUUUCGAUACAGACAUAUGCGAUACAGGCAUAUGAUACCACAUCUAUCGUGGGGCAGUACAGGAGAAUGUACUGCAAUUAUUACCAAACCUAGAACUUCUUUUGGCAAGUGGCAAAAAUAUGAAUGCUCUGAGAAAAUGGGAUUCAUCUGCAGACGACCCACUGAUAAACAAAUCACACCACAGACGACAGUGCUGCCCCAAUCAUACAUCAAGUUUGGGAACGACACCUUCAAGGUGGAGCUAACCAAUCUGACCUGGUGGGAGGCCAAGAAGAGGUGUGAGGCAGAUGGAGCCCAGCUGGCCAGCAUUCGGGACAGCAUCACCCAAGCCUACAUAGAACUACAAAUCCACAAACUCAAGCAGCCCAUGUGGAUUGGCCUUAACAAAAAUAUGACCGGUGGUUACUUUAAAUGGAUUGAUAAUUGGCCCCUAAACAUGGAGAACUGGGGAUUUUCACGACCCGGAAGCCAAUUUUCCUGUGUGUAUAUGAGUUCAUAUGGAACGUGGGUGCCUGAACAAUGCAACCAGUCCCUUCCCAGUGUCUGCAAGCGCUCGACUGAGAUUGCUCCAACACCAGACUCUCGCUUUCCUGGUCAAUGUUUUGAUAACUGGAUGCCUUUUCAGGGCCAUUGCUACUUCUUUUCAAACAGGGAAAUAGACUGGCCAGAUGCUUCUACAGACUGCGUUUUAAAGGGUGCAUCUCUGCUCAGCAUUGAAGAUACUAAGGAAGCUGAGUUUAUCAAUGGUAAACUGGAGAUGGAGCAGGACACAUACUCUGCCUACUGGAUUGGCCUGUACAAAAACCUCAAAGGUCAGUGGCACUGGCUGGACAAGACUGUGCUGGACUAUACCAACUGGGCAGACAGGCGUCCAGCAUCUGAGAACCAUGCUGCGAUCUCAACAUCAGACUUUAAAUGGAAACAUCGUCACAUGCGCAUGGAUUUCCCAUAUAUCUGCAAAAAGCCCAAAGAGCCUUUGACUGUAGAACCUACCGAAAUCCCAGUUCUGGAGGUUAACCGUUUGUAUACAGGGAUGAUUGUUGUAGUUGUUAUUACUUUGGUGAUUGUGAUAGGAUUUGCCGUGUUUGUGGUGUAUGGCCACUACAAAAGAACAGAUCUAGCCACCAUUCCUGCUUUUGAGAAUCCACUAUACACAAAAGAGAUAGAUCUACGUUCAUCAUGAAUUCACAAAAUAUAGUCGUCACAAAAGUUUGGAUGAAGUUGGUUGUGGUAGCCGCAAGCUCCAUACUGUAUAUCUAAUCAGCCAAACGUCAUGACGCUGACUUCAUGAUGGUGGACAGCCCAGGUCUAAGCCAUUCCAAACUAUGUUUGUGUACACUUCUAUGUAGUGUUGGGAUCAGAUUUCAAUUGGAAAACCAGAUUUUUACUAUGUGGUGGUACAAUAUGUACUACCCAGUGGAGUGCAAUGGAACAAACUACCAAUCAAAUCAUUGAUCAGCGGUAUGGAUAAAUGCAUACAUGUACUGUAUGUAUGUAAAGGUGGAUGAAAACAUUUUUUGAGUCUUAAAAUUACAUGAUGGUUUUCAUUAGAAAAUUGAUAUUGUAUUUGAGCAUAUUACAGUGACCGUUUAUCAUUGCAAUGUACAUUAUUUAUUUUUCACUUAAUGUAGAUUUUGCUAUUUCCCUUUUUUGUUACUUGUCUGUAUACAUUAAAAUACCAGAUUUGUACACCUA